CGCUAAAGGGCGAACAGUCUGUUUGAGCAGCCGGGUAAACUGAAGAAGAAGGAGAGGAGUCGCCAUGGGCCGCGAGUCGAGGCACUACAGGAAGCGCUCCUCGUCGAGGGGGAGAUCCGACAGUCGGUCAAAAAGUCGUUCUCCUGAUUCAAAGCGCUCGAAGAAGGACGAGCGAGCCGGCUCUCGCACUCGCGAGAGGAGCAGGAGGGAUCGGUCGAGGAGCAGAGAGAGGAGGAGAUCACGCUCCAGAGACAGGAAACGCCAGAGGCGGUCGAGGAGUCGAGAGCGGAAGCGAUCCAGGAGUCGGGAGCGCAGAAGGUCCAGGAGUCGAAGCAAAGGGAGAAGGUCAAAGUCUUCCAGUCCUAGCAAGAGUAGAAAACAUGAUGAGGGCAAGGAGAAGUCAGACAGUGGAGACCAGCCCACAGACAAGAAGAAAGUCAAAGAGGAGAAGGAGGAGGAGAAGGCUGAAGACCAAGACUUUGACCAGAACACUCUGGAGGAGGAGAUGAGGAAGAGGAAGGAGCGUGUGGAGAAGUGGAGGGAGGAGCAGAGGAAAAAGGCCAUGGAGAACAUCGGAGAGAUCAAGAAGGAGCUGGAGGAGAUGAAACAGGGCAAGAAGUGGAGCCUGGAGGACGAUGACGAUGAUGAUGAGGAAGGUCCAGCCUCAGUGGACCGUGAAGGAGAUGAUGAGGAUGAGAAGGAGAAGGACGGGAAGACGGAGGAGAGCGCAGCGAUGGAGACAGAAACCGGAGAGGAGCUGGAUCCUUUAGAUGCCUAUAUGGAAGAGGUGAAGGAGGAAGUCAAAAAGUUCAACAUGGGCACGAUGAGAGGUGGAAAUGACAAGAAAGGUGGAAUGACCGUGACCAAAGUUGUAACUGUGGUAAAAACAAAGAAGACGCCUCAUACCACCAAGAAGAAAGGAGAGUUAAUGGAGAAUGACCAGGAUGCCAUGGAGUAUUCGUCUGAGGAGGAGGAGGUGGACCUGCAGACCGCCCUCACCGGCUAUCAGACAAAGCAGCGGAAGAUUCUAGAGCCUGUGGAUCAUCAGAAGAUCCAGUACGAGUCCUUCCGGAAAAAUUUCUACGUAGAAGUUCCUGAGCUGGCCAAAAUGACACCAGAGGAGGUAAACGAGUACCGUCUUGAGCUGGAAGGCAUCACGGUGAAAGGAAAGGGCUGUCCGAAACCCAUCAAGACCUGGGUGCAGUGUGGGACGUCCAUGAAAGUUUUAAACGCCCUUAAAAAACACAACUAUGAAAAGCCCACUCCGAUCCAAGCACAGGCGAUCCCUGCCAUCAUGUCUGGACGGGACCUCAUUGGAAUCGCAAAGACUGGAAGUGGGAAGACCAUCGCCUUUCUCCUGCCGAUGUUCCGCCACAUUUUAGACCAGAGGCCGCUGGAGGAAGGAGAAGGCCCCAUUGCUGUGAUCAUGACCCCGACCAGAGAGCUGGCCCUGCAGAUAACGAAGGAGUGCAAGAAGUUCUCUAAGCCGUUGGGGCUGAGGGUGGUGUGUGUGUAUGGAGGCACCGGAAUCAGUGAACAGAUCGCAGAGCUGAAGCGAGGAGCCGAAAUUAUAGUGUGCACACCAGGUCGAAUGAUUGACAUGUUAGGAGCCAACAGCGGCCGAGUCACCAACCUGCGGAGGGUGACCUACGUGGUGGUCGAUGAGGCCGACCGCAUGUUCGACAUGGGCUUCGAGCCGCAGGUGAUGCGUAUAGUGGACAAUGUCAGGCCAGACCGGCAGACAGUGAUGUUCUCUGCCACCUUCCCACGAGCGAUGGAGGCCUUAGCCAGGAGGAUCCUCACCAAACCUGUGGAAGUGCAGGUGGGAGGGAGGAGCGUCGUGUGCUCGGAUGUGGAGCAGCAUGUGAUUGUGAUUGAGGAGGACAAGAAGUUCCUGAAGCUUCUGGAGAUUCUCGGUCAUUACCAGGAGAAAGGUUCUGUGAUCAUCUUUGUAGACAAACAGGAACAUGCUGACGGUCUGCUCAAAGACCUGAUGAAGGCCUCCUACCCCUGCAUGUCUCUGCACGGAGGAAUCGACCAGUAUGACAGAGACAGCAUCAUAAAUGAUUUUAAAAACGGAGCCUGUAGGCUCAUGGUGGCCACCUCGGUUGCGGCCAGAGGGUUGGACGUCAAGCAGCUGAUCCUUGUGGUCAACUACAGCUGUCCCAACCACUAUGAAGACUAUGUGCAUCGGGCCGGGCGCACGGGCAGAGCUGGAAACAAAGGCUACGCCUACACGUUCAUCACUGAGGAGCAGGCGCGCUACGCUGGUGACAUCCUCAAAGCUCUGGAGCUGUCAGGUUCCCCAGUUCCUCCUGAGCUGGAGCAGCUGUGGGUCACCUUCAAAGAGCAGCAGAAGGCUGAAGGCAAAAGCAUCAAAAGCAGCAGUGGGUUUUCAGGGAAGGGCUUUAAGUUUGACGAGACGGAGCACGCUCUGGCCAACGAGAGGAAGAAACUGCAGAAAGCCGCGCUGGGUCUUCACGACUCUGAUGAUGAAGACACGGCGCUGGAUAUUGAUGAGCAGAUCGAGAGCAUGUUUAAUUCUAAGAAGCGGGUGAAGGACCUGUCGGCUCCGGGCGGCAGUGCCGGUGUAGCCGCUCCCGGGUUCACUGGAGCCACAGCUACUGCGGGUCUUGCUGGUCUUGCUGCACCUUCAGCCGGAAACAUCCAGAAACUUGAGAUCGCCAAGAAGCUGGCACUGAAGAUCAACGCUCAAAAGAACCUGGGUGCUGAGGCGCAGGACGUAAUGCAGCAGGCCACCAAUGCCAUCAUGAGGGGGGGCACCAUCAUUGCCCCGUCCGUCUCCGCCAAAACCAUCGCCGAGCAGCUGGCUGAGAAGAUCAACGCUAAGCUCAACUACACCCCUGUGGAGAAGCUGGAGGAAGAGCGACAGGCUGCCGAGCAGGCCGAGACCGUCAAGAGGUACGAAGAGGAGCUGGAGAUCAACGACUUCCCUCAGACGGCCAGGUGGAAGGUCACGUCUAAGGAGGCCCUGCAGAGGAUCGGCGAGUAUUCUGAAGCUGCCAUCACCAUCCGAGGAACGUACUUCCCGCCCGGCAAAGAGCCCAAAGAGGGAGAGCGCAAGAUUUAUCUGGCUAUCGAGAGUGCCAAUGAGCUGGCAGUCCAGAAGGCAAAAGCAGAAAUCACCAGACUCAUCAAAGAGGAGCUCAUCCGCCUGCAAAAUUCAUACCAGCCGACCAGCAAAGGGCGAUACAAGGUUCUGUAGAAGCAAGCAGAACCACCGUCAGCGUGUUUAUUGGACUUCAGAGGUUGUUUUAGAAUCUGCUUUGUUAAACGGAAAAGGCAAUAAAGCUGAGCUUAUUCUGAUUUUUCUGCUCACGAUAUUAUUUGGUGUAUUUUAUUUUUCUCCUGUUGUUUUGGAGCUGAGCAGCAAAAUGUCAAACUCUCCAACCUUUCAAUGAUCUGUGUCUUCAGUAUGUUGAUAUAAGAUGUAAUGUAGUUUAGAAGGCCUUUUACAAUAAAGUCCCUUUUUAAAAACUGUUUAAA